AUGGCAGCGACCUUCACCAGCGUCGUGCUCGGCCAGCCCGAGAUCGCGUCGAUGGUGUUUGAAUUUCAGCUUGGUGUCUAUGAAGACGUCCGUCUGGUUUUCCGCGCCUGCAAGGAGCUCAUCGAUUUUGACGCGAGCCGAAACGCGUACGUGUGCGACCCGUCCUUUCGCCAAGCGUUCGCGCCCAACGCCGAGUGGCUCGAUGAUCUCGGGUCCAUCACCCCCAUAAAGUAUGCUCUCCGCGGUAAUCAAAUCGACCCGCGCCUGCCGCUGCACUUGGCUGUCGCCGGAGGCUUCGCGCAGCUGACCAAGCGCAUUCUUGGCUGCCGACCAGACCUCGCGUCAGAAGCCAUCAUCGUCUUGGCCUUCUGGACAAACCACGUCGAGAUUGCCGAUCUCCUCUUGCAUGCGCGUGAGACCAUGCCCGAGCUCUCUCGUCGCGACAUGGACCAGAGCUCGUCGGUGCACUGCAUCUAUGGCAAGUACUUUGCCAAAAUGCUGGCGCGAGACGACUCGAAAGGUCUUCUUUUGCUCCAGCGCUUUGGCCCGCGCCCCUAUGAUCUGAAAAGAUAUGAUCGUCGGCAUGCGAUCCAACUGGCGACAAUCGAGAACGCAACGCUCGCACUCGACCUCUUUCCGUGGUUGGUCUACUUGGGUCUCUCGGACGAUGUCGCAAGCCGAGGUUUCUUGCCGCUCGUACGCUCGCUGCACGAACGUGGCCUUGAGUGCUCGUCGGACGCCAUGGACAAUGCUGCCGCCAACGGUCAUUUGGAGGUCGUUCGCUUUCUGCAUUCGCACCGACGCGAGGGCUGUACAGUUUUCGCUAUGGACACUGCUGCCGCCAACGGUCAUUUGGACGUAGUCACGCUUCUUCAUUUUCACCGGACCGAAGGCUGCACGACCAAGGCACUCGACAGUGCCAUUACCAAUGGCCACCUCGAUAUCGUUUGCUUCCUCAUCAAGCACCGCACCGAAGGCGCGUCGCCAAACAUUCUCGACGAGGCUGCCACCAAAGGUCACCUCGACGUCGUCCGGUACCUCCAUUCUCUUGGCACGUUUGGCUGCACCCUCGCCGCCGUCGACGGCGCAGCAAGAUUCGGGCAUUUGAAGGUCGUCGCGUUUCUCUUGACGAACCGAAGCGAAGGCUGCAGUCGCCACGGCGUUGUCGCACGAGCAUUGGCGUUUGGUCAUCUGCACACGGCAGAGUACCUCCUCUCGCUCGGUUAUCCGUUCCCGACUUCGGUAGACUUCUGGGAUGAAAACGCAUCCCGCAAGCCCGAGAUGCUUGGCGUCGUACAGCUCGCGAUUGCACAAGGCCGGCCGUUUGAAAAGCGAUGGCUGCUCAGAGCCUGCGAGGUCAACAACGUGCCACUCGUCCGCUUCCUAUACAAGUACGUGCAGUCGGACGCUGCCUGGCGCCCCAGAGCGCUCCAUACAGCAAUGUGGGCAAAGGCGUGGGCCGUUGUGCGCUUUCUCUUGGCCAACGACACGACGGACGUUGCCGCACCAUUUCUCAAGCAGGCGCUUCGCUCUGGCAACCUCGAGGCCGCGGCGCACAUACUGCAGUGUCCGCCAGCGCUCGGCAACUGCAGUCUUUUGAACGGAUGCCUCAACAUGGAGGCGACGCGAUUCCUUAUCUCUGUCGGCGAUGCUCGCGACUGUCUCAUUGAGCUUGCAGGUCGUCGAAGUCAAGUGACAGCAAGCAAGUUCUUGCUGCCGUACUGCAUGGACCCAGCCGACGACCUUGACAACCUCAUCUUUCUUCUGGACCUCGUCGCGCUGCCAUACCGCCACCGUAUUUGGACACGCCAGUUGAUCUCUCAAGAGGUCCUGGACCAAGGACGAAAGGCCAGCCAAACAAUCCAGCUUGCACCGAGCUUGGCGGCGCGGGCUACCACUCUACUGAAGGCUGGCAGCGUUGUCGACUGGGCGUUUGCUCUCGUCAUUGGCCAUCUGCAUGCGACCGACGCAACAACUACCUCUGAUCAACUCGAGAAGAAGAUCGCUUCUGUCCGCGAUGCCGAGCUCCGGGCGCAGCUCACGCGCCUCGUCGCCAGCAAACGCAAGCGUCCCGUUUGCUCAUAA